UGGGACAGAAUUUAUUUUAUCACACUGUGUGCAACAUUUAUGUAACCCGAUGUUUCUGCUUGAAAACAUCUGUUAAAUUCACCUGUUAAACUGUUUCUUCCUCUCCAAGCAAAACCCAUAAAUAGAAAAAUGACGCACGGGUCCCCAAAAAGCCGGACUCACGUGUUGCGCCUGCGCAAUUUGCCGCCAUCAAUCCGCUAGGAGCGCUUAUUUAACCCCGACCCGCAGCGGCAGCGGGGAUGAAGACGCACCGCCCGCUCGCUCCGGUGACCGACGAAGCUGCAGCACAGUGCGGACACAUGAAGACCGACGGCGCGGCGCAGGCGCUCGGCGGCAGGAAGCAGAGCCUGAUCGAGGAUGCGCGGCGGGAGCGCAUCGGCAGCGGCUCCGCGGGGCCCUCCGCGGGGCCCUCCGCGGGGCCCUCACGGUCCGGGGACGUGGCCGUGUUCGAGGAGAAGCACGGCAGAGUCGCCGUGAGCGUCCUGUUCGCCCUCAGCAACGAGAAAAACUCCGGAUUCUUUCAAACUGGGAAAAUAUUCGAGACGUUUGAAGCCAAACUUCUCCAUGUGGAGAGUCGGCCCAGGAGGAAGUCCAAGUUCGGCGGACUUCCUGAUCUGGAGUUUUUCAUGAGCUGUGAGGUCCACCGCUCGGACCUGGACGUGUUCAUCAACUCGCUGAAACGGGUCGCCGAUGAUGUUCGCGCCGUGCCCGAGGAAAAAGCUCCCUGGUUUCCUCGACAGAUUAAAGACCUGGACAGGUGCAACCUGCUGAUAACGAAAUUUGAUCCAGACUUACACUGCGAUCAUCCUGGAUAUAAUGACUCAGAGUACAGAAAAAGACGAGCUGCCAUCUCUGAACUCGCAUUUAGAUACAAACAAGGCGACCCACUGCCCACGGUGGAGUACACAGCAGAAGAAAUAUCCACAUGGAGGAAGGUUUACCAGCAGCUGAGGAGCGUUUAUCCCAGUCUGGCCUGCAGGCAGUUCCUGGACAGCCUACAGCAGCUGGAGGACGAGUGCGGCUACGGAGAGGAUCGCAUCCCUCAGCUCCGAGACGUGUCCGCCUUCCUGAAAGAGAAAACUGGUUUCCAGCUGCGUCCGGUCGCCGGCUUGCUCUCAGCCAGAGACUUUCUGGCCAGUUUGGCCUUCAGGGUCUUCCAGUGCACCCAGUACAUCCGACACCCGUCUUCCCCCAUGCACUCCCCUGAACCGGACUGCUGCCACGAGCUGCUCGGACACAUCCCCAUGCUGGGAGAUCGGGAAUUCGCACAGUUUUCCCAGGAGAUUGGACUUGCCUCACUUGGAGCUUCAGAUGAAGAGAUUGAGAAACUUUCAACGUUAUACUGGUUUACUGUGGAGUUUGGCCUCUGCAAGCAAAACAGUGAAGUGAAAGCUUACGGAGCCGGUCUACUCUCCUCGUAUGGAGAGCUUGUUUACGCCCUGUCAAACAAACCCGAAUACAAGCCGUUCAACCCAGAGGAGACGGCGGUGCAGCCGUACCAGGACCAAACCUACCAGUCGGUUUACUUUGUGUCUGAAAGCUUUGAGGACGCAAAGGUGAAGCUGAGGAAAUACUCUGCUAACAUCAAGCGUCCCUUUGCAGUCCGCUACGACCCUUUCACUUGCAGUGUGGAGGUUCUGGACCAGCCAAGCAAGGUCCAGAAUGCUUUGAGCCAGGUCCGAGAGGACCUGAAGACCCUCCACAGUGCUCUGGAGAAGCUCAGCUCAUCCUAAAGAUCAAAACUGGAUCAUCAGCAGAUUCCAGAAACUUGAAGAAAGGCCAAUUGAUGAUGUAAACUUUUCCAUUCAUAGAAAAUCUGGACUAGACUUUUUUGAUAUGUGUAUGAAAGGUAAAGAUUAUGUAAAAGAAGAAAUAAAUGUUUAUUUUCAUGAAA